GGCAAGGCAAGGGCAGUGCAAGGCAAGGGCAGGGCAAGGGCAAGCAUCGCUUCGAUUCACAAGCUUUCCUUAGACAUUGAAAUUCACCGCUCCGCCACUUUCCCCCUCUUGACUUUUCAUUUUUAUACCUUCGCUCUUUCAAGCUGCAAGCAUGAGUAAGCGCCAGGUCAAAUCGCAAGCCAGCAGCGCUCGGGCUGCCUCAGGUGCGUUCGGCGCAGGCUUCAGUACCUCUUCGUCCUCUGCCUUCAGUGUCAGUUCUUCGCCAUUGGCCUACGUCUCAGAACCACCAGACCUUUCCUCCAUAUCCGAUCCCAAUGUCGUCGUCUACUUCAGAAAUCUCUCCAAGAAGGACAGCACCACAAAGGCGAAAGCGUUGGAGGACAUGCAGGCACGCAUUUCUUCACUGAAAGAGCCGGUGGAGGAGGGUAUCCUGGAGGCAUGGAUCAAAAUGUACCCUCGUGCCUCGAUAGACAAUGCGAAGUCAGUCCGCCAGAAUGCCCAUACCCUGCAUGGCCAAAUAGCUGCUUCUGCCGGCAAGCGCAUCGCCAAGUACAUGCCAAAGUCUGUCGGUGCAUGGCUGUCUGGGCUCUAUGAUAGCGAUCGAUCGGUGGCUGAGGCGACGCAGAAUUCGUUGCGCCAAGUAUUCAAUACCCCCGAGAAAAUCCAGAAUAUCCGCAGGGCGUACCACAAGCCACUGCUGGAAUAUUGUCGGGACGCUAUUGAUAAGGAGACUGCACUCACGUUGAGUGACGAGCGGACUACCAGCCCUGACGAUGCGGAAGCAAAGUACAGCAGAGUCAUAUCCGCUUGCAUAUCUUUAGUAGGUAGUUUGCUGUCCAAUCUUAAACCUGAAGAUCUGUCAAAACUCCAGUCCGAGUAUACUGGCCUCUUAACAGACGACAAGCUUUGGGGAUUUGCAUCCUACAACGACGCGCCCAUUCGACGCUCGAUACAUCGAUUUCUUAAGACCUGUUUAUCAAAGCAGCCAGAAGCCGUGGCGGCCAACCUCGAGGCAAUCAGCAGACCCUACCUCUCUGUCGCUCUGAACUCGGAUCAGACAGGCUCGGCAUAUGAUUACUUGGAAGCUUUGGUCUUGCUAACUUCUGCUCACCCUACAGUUUGGACGGAGCAUUACAAGAGCAAGACUUCAGCGGACAGGAGAUUGCGGCAGUUUUUGAAGAAAGGAUCUCAAUCUGGUCCCCGGGAUUUCUGGGCACGGUUGGCCGCUUUGUUCAACGCUUUGCCUAGCAAUAUUUUACCUCGAACUGGAGCGGAUGCAACGGAAAUUCUAAGUGCCCUCCAUAGUGGAAUCGUCAAGAAGGAUGAGCCAAGAAGCAACCUUGAAACUGCCCUUUUUUCAUACCUCGAAGUCACGAAUAUCGUAUGCAGAUUGCUCCCUGAGCAGGAUAGGCGGAAGCUUGCUGCAGAUAUGAUCCUUCCCAUUAUCUCGCAGUACUUGCGGCCUAGUCCCGAAAAUGCACAAUGGACUCUACCUCCCGAUGGACUCGCGCUAGCAUCUCGAGCCUUGACUAUAUUAGGUGUAGAGAGUGUUCUUCAGGAAGAGUGGCCGCGAUAUGUCGAAGCAUUCAUCGGCGAUAUCAGAGUCUCCGCUCCGGAGCAGUCGAAGGAUCACGAAAGGUCUCAAGCCUCGCUCAUUCAGCAAGCAAAACGGCUUGCUUCACUACAGAAGUCUGCCCUGUCUACUAACCCAGCAACACCAUUACGGGCUGUCUUUACGAAAUCAAACGCCUCGAUCAUCCAUAAAGCACUCCAUGUUGUGAGGAAUAGAAACGGGAAACCGUACGGUGCGGCGGGCACGAUAGCGGAGUUCCUUCACAGGAAUGGAUCCUUCAUACUGGCCGAUAAGGAAACGAAACAGCAACUGGAAGAUUUCGUUCAACAGGAUAUCCAGAAGUUCAUACUUUCGCGUUCCUCUUCUCAUCUAGUGGAUAUCUUGUACACGUUCUCUCAGUCGCCGUUCUUCGAGGAAACAUGGGGUACGUGUUUGAAAAGUGCAUUAAACGAACCGGAUUCCCCGGUCAAGGUAGCAGCGCUUGAAGCCCUUCUUACAUCGUCGAAAAUCCCAAAUACAUUUGAGCUUGCCUUGUCAGACACAGAGUUGCAAGGCUACAUAAAGUCCAGUGUCCAAGCUACACUUGAAGGUUCUCUAGAGUGGGACUCCUUCAAUCGCAUUCUCCAGUCAUCUUCAAACAUCCUAGCGCCAGAGACAACUGACGAGAUCCUAUCAUCCAUGGCAAAAUCUCUCUCCGUAUCUGCGCAGGCACCGUUUGCACUACAAGGAUUCCGACAGAUCGUAAAGCAAAACCCGUCACUACUCAGGUCAUUCUUAUCAACGCAGAAUGGGUCAGAUCUACUUCGUCAGCUCCUUCUUGCAUCAGAGUCUCCAGAUGAUGAGAUUUCCCAAGAAGCCGCGGCGGUUAACUCGUCACUUCAGACCAUUCUCGGCGCCGAAUCCACCUCGAAACAGUCCGUAUACGACGUCAUCCAGCACGGCCUCCUAGAUGCAACACAGACAUCGGUGUCAGUUGAGACAUUAGUCGAUCUUGCCAAGCAGACGAUUGUCCCUGGUGCGACAUGGGAAGAAAUGGCAGGGGCAUUUCCGAGUAUGGACGACUGGGGUUCUGCAUUAACACCUUUCCUCGACACACCUCCGAAGACUUCACUAGCUAUUACCAAUCCGCUAGGCGGAGCCGUGUAUGUCGUUCAGUCUAGCUCGACCCGAGCUACACCCGAGAAGCUCCCUCGUGACGUUGAUGGAUAUUCUCCUGCAUUCAGGAUUGCCCAAUAUGUCAUCAGACUUUUUAAGAAUCCCGAAUUUUUCGAGUCGAAGAAGCUGCCGUCGGAUAUUUCAGACUCUGUCUUGUCUAACAUUGCACUCACAGUGCAGCUUGCAGGCGAUAACCUUGGGCUUGCCGGAGCAAACGAUCUGUGGGCCGCGUACAACCCCGAAGUUGAGGCUGAUGUCAUGUCAUUCAUGACGGAUGCACAAGACUUCAUCAAACAAGAACUAGCUCAUCUGCGAUCAAUAUGGGUUGGUAUCAAUCCUUUGCUAACAUGGUCCUCUGAUUUACUGUCAAAGUGUAGCAAGCAGUCUUCAGCUACGGCUUAUUACUGGGCUCGGGUAUACAGCACUCUCGUCUCAGAUGCAAUUGAGUUACAUGGUUCUCAUACCUCCCUGGCCGAAGACAUUCAAAAUUCGUUGAAGGUGCUCCAGAGGAAUAAAGACAUCCUUCCUCUGCUUGGCUUCUUAAGUGCUUUUAAAGAACCUUUAGCAUGGUCGAAGUCAUGCGAGAGAAUGUGCAACGAGCUUGUCGCUGACCUUACUGGUCUAGACAUUGGUAAGAAGCCAGAAGACGUAGGACUUCGGCAGCUCAUCCUCCUUAAUGCUAUCCUCUCCAGUCAAGAGGAAAUAGCACAAAGCAUUGCUAAACAACGUAUCAUUUUCUUCGUCAAACAUGCUCUUCCAUUUUUAGGAGAUUCGCAAUGCCCUCUCCCUAUUCGGUCCGAGCUUUGUCGUGCUCUCACUGUAUUGCUCCCUCUAAUGAGCGAUAUGUAUGGUGAGCAUUGGGUGGGCAUACUGAACUCAUUGUCCACAAGCUGGGUGAAGACUAGUGAGGUGGAAGAGAAUGAAUCGGAGUUAGAUAGUCCCAUUCCAUUUGUGCAUGCUUCGUUAAAGCUUUACGCCCAACUGCGAAUCUUGACGCAAGAGGAAGAACCGAACGAUGACCUCCUCGAAGCGUGGAAGGAGUCAGAGCGAGAUGUUGCCAACGGGUUGAUCAAUCUCCUAAAACACUCUCAGCACUUCCCCGAUGAAUUUCACCAGCCACUGAAGAUCGUCAACGAUAUCUUGGCGAGACAGAUUUCAAAAGUUCCUCUAGAGCACCUAGAGUCAAGAGAGGAAUUAUUUCCCCUUCUUUAUGUCGAGUCGCAGCCUGUCCAACAGACAGCAUUCGACAUAUUACACAAGCAAAUUCCAGCUGCGCAAGAGCAAAUUUCAAUUGAUUCAGCACUCGAGAAAACGACUGCUCGACUACCAGAAGAAUUGCUCUCUCUCAUCCUCGAGUCACCAACUGUGUCAGCAUUAGCAGAGGAGAACUUUGAGCGCAGUAUUCCUUUACCAUUACGAGGAUACUUGCUCAGUUGGCUACUUGUCUUCGAUCAUCUUGAGUAUGCUUCAUUCAAGGUCAAAAAUGAUUACAUUGAGCACAUCAAGGAAGGGGAAUAUCUGCCCGGAUUGCUCAACUUCACGUUCGACUUCCUCGGCCAUGCUCACAACAAGCCCGUCGAUGUUUCUAAAUUCGAUGUCACUACCUACACUCCAGACCUAGAGCCCCCGCGACGCGACACUCAAUGGCUCCUGGCCCAUCUGUACUUCCUCUGUCUCCGCCACAUACCCUCACUUUCAAAAGCUUGGUGGAUCGACUGCAAGUCCCGUCCGAUCGCCGUUACUCUUGAGCCCUGGACACAAAAAUACAUUUCCCCUCCAGUAGUCACCGCUGCCCUGCAAUCUGUCAUUGAAUGGAGCUCCGCCCAGUCCACCACCGACCCUGACUCCCCUUUCACCAUCAAAGUCUCACCCCGUGCCUGGGAAAUAAACGCAUCCUACACCAUCGAUGAACAAAUAAUAUCCAUGCGUAUAACCCUACCCUCCGCCUUCCCUCUCUCCAACGCCCGCAUCGAAGGCACAAACCGCGUGGCUGUGAACGAACAAAAAUGGCAAUCGUGGAUGCGGACCUCCCUCGGCGCUAUCACGCUAUUCAAUGGAACCUUAAUCGAUGCACUAACAACGUUUAAGCGGAAUGUGGAUGGUGCUAUGAAGGGGCAGACUGAGUGCGCGAUUUGUUAUAGUAUUGUGGGGAGUGAUAAAAAGUUGCCGGAUAAGAGGUGUGGGACUUGUAGGAAUCUUUUUCAUGGGGGAUGUCUGUUUAAGUGGUUUAAGAGUAGUGGAAGUAGUUCUUGUCCACUUUGUAGGAACCCGUUUAACUAUGGGUAG